AUGUCAAACGAUGAGAAAUCGUUUAUCAUGAGGCAUGUGUUCGUAGAUUUCAAAAAUAUGAAGAAAGACACAUUCUAUUAUUCAGCGAAAGAAUUUCAUUGUGAUAUUCCAUGGAAAUUUGCGAUUAGGGUACUGUCCACAGGCCUAGAUGUCUACCUUGUUAACGCCAAACUUAAGGAUGGUGAAAGCUAUUCAAUUGAUGCACAUGCUGAAAUGAGAUACUUCAAAGACGGAGAAGCCGAUUCCGCGAGGCUUGCUAAAAGCAAAUCAAUAACAAAUGAAGGCUAUUUUAUACUCUUCGAAAACUUCUUUCCGGAAAUACUGGACGAUUAUAUUGUGAACGGAAAUCUGGGUAUCGAAGUAACAGUUAAAAUCGAUAAAACAGUCGGAAUCACUGGCAAAUUGAGAAGUUUCGAUGAUGAAUCGACUAAGAAAUAUUCGGAUGUUGUGCUGAUUGUGAAGAAUGAGAAAUUCUUUGUCAAUAAGAAGUAUCUUGCUUCCCAGUCAUCGUACUUUGAAUCUCUCUUUUUCGGAAAUUUCGACGAAUCGAAGAAAUCAGAAAUCGAGCUGAAAGACAUUGACCCAUAUAUUUUCCAUAAAUUUCUGGAAGUAAUCUAUGCGAUGCCAGCUGUAGAUGAAGACACGAUCGAUGAUAUUCUGAAGUUGGUUGAUAUGUACGAUGCAGCGUCUGUCGUAGCCAGAUGUGAAGAAUUUUAUUUAUACAGAUCUAAGCAACCGUUGAAAGUCAAGUUUCACGCUGCUGCGAAGUAUAACAUGAUCAAGCUCAAGGAAAAAUGCAUGGCAGAUCUGAAAACCGUCGCGGAUUUUGAGUCGAUCAUUCCAGAAGACAGCAAACAAUUCGGCACUGAUUUGUGGAAAGAACUGUGCCAGAAAUCGCUCACUUUGAGCAAAUAA